AUGAUGACUAAUCAGUCAACAGGGCAAGGGGACAAAGAUUCAGGGACUAUGACUGUGGAGUCCCGCUACUUAAGAGAUUUCCAGAGGCAUAAACCGCCUUCCUUUGACGGAGGCAAGGUGGAUCCCAUUGCCAUUGAGAAUUGGCUAGAGGCCAUAGAAACGGCCUUCCAUUUUAUGAACUGCCCGCCAAAGUAUGAAGUCCAUUGUGAGACGUAUAUGCUGAAAGGAGAGGCACACUUUUGGUGGAAGGGUGCUCAAAUGACCAUUAUACCACAAGGAGAGUUUAUUACCUGGUGUCAGUUUAAAGAUGCGUAUCUCCACAAAUAUUACUCAAUCACUGCCAGAGUGAAAAUGCAGACAACAUUUCUCAAACUGAAACAGGAAGAUAGAUUAGUGGAGGAAUAUGACUUGAAGUUCAAUAGGCUGGCAAGAUUUUCUCCAGCCUAUGUUAGUUCUGAGGAGUUGAAGGGCGAACGAUUUAUCGCUGGCCUGAGGGAGGAACUAAAGGGGAAUGUGGCAUCCCAGUCAUCCUUCAUCUAUUCCAAAGCCCUUCAAGUGGCGACCCUGCUCGACGCGCCUUGCACCAACAAGCUACAAUUGGGAACAACACAAUCAUCUCACACUGUAGCCUAG